GGGGUGGGUAAAAAUAUCGAUACGGCGAUAUAUCGCGAUACUUUGCCGCCCGAUAUAAUAUCGAUUUUUCAACUCCAAAGAUCGAUUUUUUUUAAGAAUAAUGAUUCAUGUUUAGACGCGUUGUGAAUACAGUACGACCUCCGUACCUCCACUCCGGUAGAUGGCGCCGAAGAGCGACUCUGCUGUGCGGCGCAUAGAAAUACGUAUAUGAGAGAGUGGCUGAGGACUUUCCAAAAUGGAUUUCAAGAUAAUAACGCCUCCGCAAUUUAAAGCUGACGUUUGGAAGCACUUUGGCUUCACAGUUAAGAAAGAUAGCAAGAACAACAAGCUGGACAAAGAGAAUGCCAUUUGUAAGCUAUGUCUCGUCGUUGUCAAAUAUUGUGGGAACACAACGAACUUGCGAGUUCACUUGGCUAGACACCACGCCGAGAUAUUAGCCGAGAAGCAGCCGCCAAAAGUGAUUCAGCCAAACCAGACUACGCUGGACAACUUCAUACCCUCUACCUCACCUCGUGCUCAGCGUAUCACAGAGUCGAUAGUGCAUUUCAUCUGUAAAGAUUUGCGCCCUUAUAGCGUCGUAGACAAUGUUGGCUUCAGGUGGAUGCUACAUUGUUUGGAGCCGCGUUACAAAAUACCCCAACGCGGCUACAUGGUGAACACAGCUGUGCCCAGGAUGUAUGAGGAGGUGAAGAAAGUCGUGAAAACAUCUCUUAGCGCUGCACAAAGAGUUGCCUUGACGUGUGACGGAUGGACGUCCAGAGCCACCCAGUCGUAUGUGACCAUAACGUCCCACUACAUAUCCGACGACUGGGAAAUGGUUACACAUGUUUUGCAGACGAGGGCAAUGCAUGAGAGCCACACCGGCAGUAACAUUGCUGAUUUGCUGAAAAGGGCAAUGGAGGAAUGGGGCAUACAGGACAAGGACCUAGCCAUAGUCACAGACAACGCUAAAAACAUGACCAGCGCAGCAGAGCUAGCCGGUAUGCUGCAUUUUAAAUGCUUUGCGCACACCCUAAAUUUGGCUUCUCAGCGUGCACUAAAGUUGCCAGCCGUCCAGCGCUUGCUGGGAAGAGUGAGGCGGAUUACCAACUUUUUCAGACGCAGUGCCAUUGCCAGUCAUGUCUUGAAAGAAAAACAGAAGUUGCUGAAUCUGGAACAGCACAAACUCAAGACCGAUGUGGUCACCAGAUGGAAUAGCGCACAUGACAUGCUCCAGCGCUUCCUGGAGCAGCAGCCGGCAGUCACUGCUGCCCUGCUGUCACAUGAGGUGAGGAAGAAUGAAAAAGAUAUCAGCACUGUCAGUGAGGCCGACAUUACAGCUGCAGAGGAAAUAGUCGCUGCUAUGAAGCCCAUGAAGAUUGCCACUGUGGUCAUGGAAGAAGAGAAAACUCCCACACUGUCAGCAGUUGCACCAGUCCAUGCCCACCUGAUCCAAGAACUCCAGGAGAGCCCAGGUGACUCUAACAUGAUAAAAGAGAUCAAAACUGCCAUAUGCCAGGACCUCAAGAAGAGGUACUUAGAUGAGCAGAGGGAGACUCUUCAUGUGUGUGCAGCUCUGGAUCCCAGAUUUAAGACCUUGCUGUUCUUGACUGAGGAUGAACGCCAGACCGUCUAUGAUAGAGUCACCACAGAGGCUGCAAGGACCCAAGGGCCGUUUCAGCAUGGAGGAGCUGGAGAGGAUGUGACAGGUGAGCCAGAGACUGAUGGAGAAGAGGAGGAAGAUGAGGAUGCAGGGCUGGAGGUCCUAGGUGAGGAGGACAAAGGGAGCAGCCAAGGUCUUGAGGAAGAGGAGAGCUUUGCAGUACUGUCCACGUCUAAGAAGAGAUCCAGGGAUUCUUGUGGCCUUGCGGACCUUCUUGGUCAAACAUACACCUCAGGGGCUGCAAAGAAGUUGAAGACGCCAGAGAACCAGGCACAAGAGGAGAUGGGAAGAUUCAAAGAGACUGCUCCGAUGCCAAUUACAAAAGGGGCCAAUCAACUGAACUGGUGGAGGGAGCACGAGCGCGAGUAUCCUCUCCUGUCAAAACUUGCAAAGAGGUAUUUGUGCAUCCCUGGAACAAGUGUCUCCUCUGAGAGAGUUUUCUCUACUGCGGGGGACAUUAUCACCGCACAGAGGAGUGCACUCACCCCAGAGCACCUUGAUCAGAUUCUCUUUCUAAACAAAAACCUAAAAACCAAAGAAGUCAGGUACAAGUUUUAGG